GAGAAUAUUAAAAAGUGAACCUCCUUAUCCCCAGGAAAUGUCUACUUUAGCAAAAAAUAUAAUUCAGUGUCUUCUAAAGAAAGAUCCAAAGAAAAGACUGGGUUGUGGCCCAGGUGGUGCUGAUGAAAUCAAGCAACAUCCUUUCUUCCAGAAUAUAAUUUGGAAUGACUUGGCUGCCAAAAAAGUGCCAGCUCCAUUUAAACCAGUAAUCCGUGAUGAAUUGGAUGUUAGCAACUUUGCAGAGGAGUUUACAGAGAUGGACCCAACAUAUUCUCCAGCAACUACUCCACAGGCUGCAGACAAGCUUUUCCAGGGAUAUUCUUUUGUUGCUCCUUCUAUCUUAUUCAAACGCAACGCAGCCACUGUGGAUCCUGUUCAGCUUUUGACAGAUGUUGACCGACCUGGUGUUACAAGUAUUGCUAGAAGUGCUAUGAUGAAGGAUUCUGCAUUUUAUCUUCACUAUGAGUUGGAUCUGAAGGAGAAACCACUGGGAGAAGGAAGUUUUUCCAUCUGUCGAAAAUGCACACAUAAAAAAAGUAGCCAAGAAUAUGCAGUAAAAAUAAUUAGUAAAAGGCUGGAAGCCAAUACUCAGAGGGAAAUAACAGCUUUAAAACUCUGUGAAGGACAUCCCAAUGUUGUGAAGCUGCAUGAAGUUCAUCAUGAUCAGCUCCAUACAUUUCUAGUAAUGGAACUACUGAAAGGGGGAGAAUUACUUGAACGCAUCCAGAAAAAGAAAUACUUCAGUGAAACCGAAGCUAGUUCUAUCAUGCGCAGACUUGUUUCAGCGGUGAGCCAUAUGCAUGAUGUUGGCGUAGUCCACAGAGACUUAAAACCAGAGAACUUACUAUUCACAGAUGAAAGUGAUAAUUCAGAAAUAAAAAUAAUAGAUUUUGGAUUUGCUCGGUUAAAACCACCUGAUGAUCAGCCUCUUAAGACUCCAUGUUUUACUCUUCAUUAUGCUGCUCCAGAGCUCUUAAAUCAUAAUGGUUAUGAUGAAUCCUGUGAUCUGUGGAGUUUGGGAGUCAUUUUGUAUACAAUGCUCUCAGGACAAGUACCGUUCCAGUCUCAAGAUAAGAAUAGAACAUGCACAAAUGCACUGGAAAUUAUGAAGAAUAUAAAGAGAGGGGAGUUUUCUUUUGAAGGAGAUGCUUGGAAGAAUGUUUCUCAGGAAGCCAAAGAUUUGAUUCAAGGACUUCUUACAGUGGAUCCAAAUAAGAGAAUAAAGAUGAACAGUUUGAGAUACAACGAAUGGCUUCAAGAUGGUAGCCAACUGUCAUCCAAUCCAUUAAUGACUCCAGACAAUUUAGGAUCUUCAGGAGCUGCUGUACAUAAUUAUGUGAAAGCAACAUUUAACGCCUUUAACAAGUACAAAAGAGAAGGAUUUUGCCUGCAGAAUGUUGACAAGGCACCUCUUGCAAAAAGAAGGAAGAUGAAAAAGACAAGCACAAGCACAGAAACUCGCAGCAGUUCCAGUGAAAGUUCUCAUUCUUCCUCCUCUCAUUCUCAUGGUAAAAGUACCCCGACAAAGACCCAGCAGCCUGCAAAUCCCAUGGACAGCAGUAAUCCUGAGAGCAUCUUCCAGUUCUCUGACUGAGAAAUCAGAGAGAUUUACUCUGCUUAUGCAUACUUGACUGCCUGUAAACUUACUAAGGUGUGUGUUCCUUUGAACACGAACAUGUAUCACUUUUUAAAAAUAACUCCAACAUCAUUCCUACAAUAGUAGGUGUUAAAUAUUUCUGUGCCCAUAGUCAGAAUCAAAGUUCAAAGGAGGGUGUUUUAGAAGAGUUUUUGUACAUUGCUGGUAAGCUAUCCCAAAAACUUACUUUAAACUCUUGCAUAAAUGCUGUAUUCCAGUGGAAGACUCUGCAUGUGGAAAUUGGAAUUUGUCAUAGCUAACUUCUUUUAUCCUUUCCUACCUAGAGAUUGGAUAUUGUUGUGGCUAUUUUGAUUUCAAAAGCAGCAUCUCUAAGCAAUAAUGCUGUUUUACAUCCCACAAGAGUCCCCAAGGUUGUUCAGCCAGUAAGUUCUCCUUCCUGCACUUCUUGUCCCAUUGAUUCUUUACCCUGAAUGGUGAGCUGCAUAAGCUUUCAGAACGUCGUUAUUUACCAGCAACUAGAGCCCUGUGUGCAUGCCUUUAAUUACACUUUUCUUUGGAAUUUUCUAUACAUUAGAAAGAUUACCAGGGUUGAAACAUAUUGGAAAGGAAGAAAAAUAUCUGCUUCCACAGAUGCAGAAGCUUUUUUUCUUGAGCAGGAAGCUUGUAUAAGGAAUAACAAAGUCACAUCCAAAUAUCUAGACAUUCAGUGUGUAGAAUGGAUGCACAAGCACUUGCAUAAGAUAUAUGCAACAAUUCACCUAGUGCAAGGGCUUGGUAACUGAUAUGAAGAACAGUAUAAUUUCUUCUAGUCUAGCUUUUGGAUAUAUUCUUUUUUCUUGUUUGAAAGAAUAUUGGGGAUUUUGAAUAGCUUCAAAAAUUGAUUUGCUUGCUAUUUCUCAAGCAGUCACUAUUUGAAACACAUGUAAAAGUUUUUUUUUAAAAAACCCACAAAUGUUUAUAUUUAUUUUCUAUGUUCAUGACUAGUUUUUAGAUUUAAAAAAUAGUUUCUCUUAAGUGAGAAUUUGGUAUUAUUGUUAUUAUAUUGGUCUAAAAAUAAGUGUUGUGAUAUGUAAUUGAUUUGACGAUUUGCUUUCUAGUUGUAGCAUAAUAUUUGGAAGAUUCUAUUCCACAAAAAGCAUCUGCAUGGUUUAGUACACUUGUAAUUGCAUUUCAUAAGUAUUGGGACAAUGCAAUGAGUGCUUUUAGGAGAUGCUUUGCAGCCUGCUUUAGCAAUUUCAGUAAGAAUUAACGAGCUUUUAUUGCAUAUUCAACUGUGCAAUACCAAGAUUUUGUUUUCUUGUCUUUAUUUCCAUAUCUAUAUGCAAUACUUCUCAGAUUUUGCCCCUUUUCAUGUCGGGGUAUGUUCUGACUGAACCACAUGCACUGGGAGAACUAAAGGGAUAUUUUAUCAAACACUGUGCUUCACAUCUAUACACUGUGUUUUAUUACAACAAGGUAUUUCUUCCUGCAGUCAUGAAGUAUUUGGAAUCAUAAAUGUGAUUCUUAACAGUGCACUUAAAUGGUAAUAUAGUAAAUUGUGAAGCAUAAUUUAUCUGCUCUGGUCUUGCAAAAAAAGGUUGAGUGGUCCUAUUGUGAAUUCAGUAGGGCAAUAUGUAUAAAGUUAAGUUCGUACAUAGAUGUUUGCAUGCUUAGAGUUCACCUCAAAGAUUUUCAAAAGAAUUUGCUGCAUUGUAAACAAAACCUAAAUCCUAUGCAAAUAUAUGUGUGUAUGUGUGUGUUUGUGUGUGUGUGCAUAUAGGAAUUGUUUUUCUAUUAAUGGCUUGUUUACAUAAUUGCAUCUUUUAUCAGUGUUUUAGAAAACAUAAUGUGGAGCUGUCUAUGGAAACUAAAGGAACAAAUUCCUGAAAAAAGCAUGUGUUUACGUCUAGCUGUAGUAUCACUGAGAGCAUUUUCAGCAGAAGUGUGGUAAAAAGUGAUCCAAACAAUAGUUUGUGUGUGGCUUACUGAGUCCUUGUUAACAUUUAUGUCACCCAGUUUAACUUCAGGGGGAAAUGUAAUUCUAGCCCUUAUUGUUAGGUAGGAUUGAACAUUUAGUAACAGGAGCUCAGAGGCUUAUUAUCAGACACCAGAUAUGCAAUGUGAUUUUAUGCAUGUUUAUUCAGAGGUAAGAUCUUUUGAGUUCAACAAAAUUCACUAGGUAGUAAACUAGAGUGCAUAGGAUCUGAAGCUCACUUGUUUUCACCUCUCAAGUUACUAAAGUAACUUCAUGAUUUGAAUUUUUAACUUGAGCUUUUUGACAUUUGGGAUUGUUAAUUCAAGAUAACAUAUAGCACAAAAGUCACACAUUGUGUCCACCACACGUGCCUUGGCUUCCACACUGUGUUUAAUUUACAUUUGUAGUCCAUGUAACUGUGAACGGGAAAGACAGUUGCUUUGUUUUUCUUUAAGGCAAUUCAGUUGAAAAUUCUUCUGACCCAUUUUUGGUUUGAUCCUGUUUGAACCUGAACACCUUUGAAUCUGAGACUUGAGAGUAAAUCCCUUUGAACUCAGUGGGAUUUAUUUCUCAGUAAAUAUGCAUAGGAUUGUGCUGCUAACUGAAUGCUUUGUCAUGAGUUGCAGCGCAAGUUCUAAGCCAGUGGAGGCAAACCUUUUUCGGCUCGAGUGCCCGAAAUGAGGGGGUGGGCAAGAAACCAG